AUGGCAGACAAUGCCACACAUCACUACAUCUCAUCUUUCUUCCUGGUUGGUAUUCCUGGUUUACAGGAUUUUCACUGCUGGAUGGGGAUCCCCGUCUGCCUCCUCUAUGCACUCACCUGGCUGGGGAACAGCAUAAUCAUUGUUACCGUCAAACUGGAGACCAGCCUCCACCAGCCUAUGUAUUUCUUCCUUUGCAUGCUGGCCGUGAAUGACGUGGCUCUUGCUUCUUCCUCAGCCCCCAAGAUGCUUGGCAUUUUCUGGUUGGAUGCUCAUUGGAUUGACUUUGAUGUCUGCCUUGCACAGUUGUAUUUUAUCCACACAAUUAGCAUAACUGAGUCAGCCCUCCUAGUUGCCAUGGCCUUUGACCGUUAUGUAGCUAUUUGCAUCCCACUGCAUUAUACAACCAUCCUGACAACACCUCAGGUCAUUAAAAUGGGUCUAGCUGCUAUAACCCGAGCUACUCUUAUGGUUUUGCCCUGUCCUCUUCUCAUUAAAAGACUACCAUAUUAUACUAAAUAUGUUAUCAGUCAUGUUUAUUGUGAGCACAUGGCUGUGGUGAAGUUGGCCAGUGCCAACACCAAUAUUAACAGAGCAUAUGGAAUCUCUGUGGCUCUUUCAGUGAUGGUGUUGGACCUAGGGCUCAUAGCCACAUCCUAUAUCAAAAUCCUCCAGGCAGUCUUCCGGCUCUCUUCCAGAAAUGCCCGCUCUAAAGCACUGGGCACCUGUGCUGCCCAUGUCUGCACUAUACUUGUCUCCUACACACCUGCCCUGUUUAGUUUCCUAACUCAUCGCAUUGGCAAGAGGGUACCUCCAAGUAUCCACAUAAUUUUUGCAAGUUUGUACCUUCUGGUUCCUCCCGUAGUCAACCCCCUGGUGUAUGGUGUCAAGACUAAGCAGAUUCGUGACCGGGUGGUUGGUCUCUUUUUCCCAAACAAGAAAAUUUCUGAGAACUAA